UGUUAAUUUAUCUCUUUAUUUUUCAAGUAGGACAACAAGAGACUGAAAGAGAGUUAGAAGCAACACUUGAUGAAGUAGCAAACCAACUAGAUAAACAAACACUGGAAGAAAAGGAAAAAGAUGAUGAUGAUGAAGAUGGUGAAGGAGAUGGUGACAAUGCAGCAGGAAAGAAAAAGAAGAAAAAGAAGAAAAAGAAAGGACCAAAACUGCAAACAGAUCCACCAUCUAUUCCAAUAUGUGACUUGUUUCCCAGUGGGAUAUUUCCAAAAGGCGAGGAAUGCGAGUAUCCAGCAACGCAAGAUGGGAGAACUGCUGCUUGGAGGACUACAAGUGAUGAAAAGAGAGCACUAGAUCAAGCAAGUGAAGAGAUCUGGAAUGAUUUCAGAGAGGCUGCUGAAGCCCAUAGACAAGUGAGGAAAUAUGUUAUGAGCUGGAUCAAGCCUGGAAUGACAAUGAUUGAAAUUUGUGAAAAACUAGAAGAUUGUUCACGGAAAUUGAUACGAGAAAAUGGCUUAAAUGCUGGGCUUGCAUUUCCCACGGGGUGUUCUCUGAAUAAUUGUGCAGCCCACUAUACCCCCAAUGCUGGAGAUCCAACUGUAUUGCAGUAUGAUGACAUCUGCAAGAUAGAUUUUGGAACACAUAUUAAUGGUCGUAUCAUUGACUGUGCUUUUACUGUCACAUUCAAUCCAAAAUAUGACAGGCUCUUACAAGCUGUAAAAGAUGCAACUAAUACUGGAAUAAAGUGUGCUGGGAUAGAUGUUCGCCUUUGUGAUGUUGGUGAGGCUAUCCAGGAAGUCAUGGAAUCUUAUGAAGUUGAAAUUGACGGCAAAACCUAUCAAGUGAAACCUAUUCGGAAUCUGAAUGGACACUCUAUUGGGCCAUAUAGGAUACACGCAGGCAAAACUGUUCCCAUUGUGAAAGGAGGAGAAGCAACAAGAAUGGAAGAGGGAGAAGUUUAUGCUAUAGAAACCUUUGGUAGCACAGGAAAGGGGGUUGUUCACGAUGAUAUGGAAUGUUCUCAUUAUAUGAAGAACUUUGAUGUUGGACAUGUGCCAAUAAGGCUUCCAAGAGCAAAACACUUGCUGAAUGUUAUCAAUGAAAAUUUUGGUACUCUUGCCUUUUGCCGUAGAUGGUUAGAUCGUCUGGGAGAAAGUAAAUACCUAAUGGCACUGAAGAAUCUAUGUGACUUGGGUAUAGUGGACCCAUAUCCUCCUCUAUGUGAUAUUAAAGGCUCAUACACAGCACAGUUUGAGCACACCAUAUUAUUGCGUCCAAUGUGCAAAGAAGUUGUCAGCAGAGGAGAUGACUAUUGAAAUGUCAAAGCCAUUACCUCACUUAUGUACUCCGUUGGAACAUGUUAUAACAGAAUAAAUUUGCAGUCUGUUUUAACAGUCAACUCAAUGUGAUAACUUUCCAUGUUCAGAAGAAAAGAAUUUAAUCAAAGGCAAGUUCUCUAAUGUAACUAAGGAAAAAAAACCAGCUACUGGGGCUUCUAGAAUAUUUCAGAUUACUUCUAUAUUUUUCUUUUGUGAGAAAUAUGCUACAAAGUGUUAUUUUUAGUUUGGAAUGAGUUAUACAUAUUGUUUGAAAUAAUUCUGAAAAAAUGCUUUUCGGAUAUUUAUAUAUUACCAUAUUCUUACUUGAAUGCUUUGAAUGAUCACAAAUGAUUUCUGCACCUAAGCUGUCUUUGCUGUUGCCUUUUAAACUGCCUGGAAUUUAUUAAUAAAUCAAUAAAUCACAAAUUCAAAUAGUUUUUAAAAGUGUCACAAUCCAAGGCAGUAACACACUGGAAAGUCUCUCCCAUUAACCCACCUGCUGUUAAGAAAAAGUUUCCAGUAUAAGCACAGCAAGCAAAUACAAAGCAUGGUUUAGUUUUCAAUUACAUUGUGUACAUGUUUAUUUUGCUUCCUUAUUUUGCUUUGAAUUAAAUUACUGGGUUUUCUUUCUGAUAUGCUAGAGUGGGCUAGGACUGGCCAUUUUUCUUGCAGUGAAAUGCUGUACUUUUUUUAACUGUACUUUAACCGUACAAGGGCUUUAAGAGAAAUAAAUGGGAAAUCAUGAUGGGCUGGCAUAGAAUUUGAGGGAAUUUUGCAGCUGCUUGACCUGGUUGCAAAAUUAAGCAGCACUGAAGCAACAUAUGGUAAAUCCAAGGCUUAGACUUGGAAUUUUUUAAAAAAACGGUGUAAAUACCUCUAUAGUAUUUUUAGAAAACUGCAGUGGAGUGCAAUAUAGAGAAUUGCAAUGGUGUAUCCAUGAAGUUACCUGGAAUCAAACUCAAAGGUCAUUUUAUUUUUUUGGCACUGUAUUGCUUAUUAAAAUAGUACAGUGUUGCUUAUUGUAUUGCUUAUUAAAACCCUCUCAAAUUUCAAGUGUGGGAUCUAUUCGGUGAAUUCUCUGCCAUUCCUGUAUGAUAAACACUAGCUAGUGUUCAUAUUCCUGUUCUAUAUCAGGCUAUUUAUACUAACUACAGUGUGAGCUUCUAUAUUUUUUAAUUUAUUAGAAAUUUUUACUUAUAAAGGCUUGAUACAAGUAGUUCAUCUCUUAUGCAGUAUGGUUGAAGCGAAUCAAAAUCACACAGAAUCAUUCUGUUCUUAACAUAUAAAAAGUUUGAAGCAUAAUGCUUUUUGUUCUUUUCAAACCAGGAAUAUUAAAUCAACUUAUAAUGUUUGCAUAUAUGAUUAAUAGAACAUUUAAUAGUUGAUCCAAAGGUUAAAAUUGUUAAAUAUGUUGGUGAAGCUACGGUGUAGUAAUUGCAGGGCUUAUUAAAGUAUUGUAUGAACUAUUUAAGAGAUUUCUUACUUGCAGUACUAUUUAAUUUGGGCAUUUUGAAGCUGCUAAAUAUAUUAUAGCUUUGCCAAGCAAUAAUCUUGGUUAUUGCAAUUAAAAAUACAUGAUGCUGAAUUCUUAAGAACCCAGAAAGGAUACUUCAGUUUUAAUAACUUUCCAUGUUUUUGUAGACACUAAAAGAAUAUUUUAAGUAUUGGCCUCUUAUUAUUUGUGUUAGAAAAAGUAUACAUGUAAAAGACUGCAAGCAAGUUGUAAUCAGCAGGCUGCUGGGAUACGGCUUAUUGUACUGCAAAAAGUUUCACAAAUCUUGGGGAGAACUGAUGAGAAAUCAAGUAUAAUUCCUAGGGAAAAAGGAGAAAGAAAAAUAGAAACAAGAGGAUACCAGGAUAAGAGAAAUAUAGUAGGAAUUUAGAAUGAAGUAUCUGUUACAAGAUUUGGACUCAGCGUUCAGUGUUGGCCUUGUGUGUCCAAAUGAAGAAGUUUUAAUAUUUAUAUGUAUUAUUACUACAAAGACAAUAGAACUGGAAACAGCUGAACAAUCAGCACUAUGUUUAAGAUUUUUUGAAAAACAAAGUAUAAACAAUAAGCAUGCUAUUUUUGACUUUAGGUUUUUAUGAAAGCUGAAGCCUUUCCUUCACACCACAGCUUUUUUUUUUUUUUCAACAGAGAAACCAAUCAGUUCUUUGAAAUUAAAAUAUCUAUUGUCGCUACUUGUAUUACUUAAGCUUAGAAAGGUGAAACUCUUUCUUGGCAAGUGUAUAAAAAGAAAUAAAAAAUGUUUUACAUUUGGAAUUUAUGCUAACCUAAAUGUUAAAGCACAGGCUAAAAAGAACUACCUGAACUGAUUGUACAGACAGACACUAGGGCUUCUUUUAAAAGAUUAAAUCUGUGUCACAGAAUAUAAAUUCAGCAUGGGUGGAAGUGAAAUCCGAUGCAUUGUAAAUGUCUUUUAAGCUCAUUGUAUUAUUCCUAUUGAGAUUUUCCUCAGUCCUUUUAAUUUCUUACUAAAUCCUUCUUUUUCAUAUCUUCUAUUUCUGUUCUGUUCCUCUUUCACAUUAUUUUAUUUACAGAUAAUCUUGUGCAUCUUUUAAAGUGGUAAAAACAGAACUUUUGCCCUCUGAAUUUGUAAUGUUAUCUGCCUGCAAAUAACUUGCUCUUUAGUGUGCUUGCUCUACCAUGUGUCUUUCACCUGAACCAUUGUGUUCUGAAGACUGAAUUAUUAUAUCUUUUGCUACCUCGCGUGAUGCAGAAAAUAAUACAUGGAAAAGAAAAAGGUAUCUGCUGGAGUAGGCUGGCCUUGCAAACAAUAGCCAUUAACAUGAAACAUGCAGAGGAAGGCAUAAUUGCAAUAUUUUAAUCUAAGAAUGAGAUUCAAUGUAAUUAUUACUGUAACUUGGACAAAGACCCUCUGUAUUACCACUUCCUGGGUUUGGCUUUCUAUGGAUCUAUUCUGUGGCAAGAAAUCAAUUAUUCAAGAGUGCUAACUUGAUUCUUAAAAGUUUCCUAUGAAGAAUUAAAAUAGAUUUCUAUGU